GCACAAGCACUCAUUAUACGGGAUACCUGACGAUUUAUACGUGGAGGCUGAAAAUAUCGGUUAUGGACAGCAACGAUGUUGAAUUUGUUAAUGAAGAAGACGAAGAGAGAGUCUCUAGUACUACUGAACCAGCAACUGUACUAAUAACUAGUAACGAUGAAGAUACACCUCCAGCUGUAGUUGCUGACAUUUCAACAGAAGACAGCAAAGAGACUUUAACUCACAGAGGAUCUGCAAGUCGAGGCAAAGUUUUCUCAAAAGAUGGAGAUCGGCCGAGUACUCUGAAGAUGAUAUUUGGAGGAAGGCGAGUCAAUCGGCAGUCAAGGAUGGUUGAUCAUGAUCAGCGUACUUUAGAAAGUGCACAUGGAUAUCAGAGUGUGGAUGACAUUGAUGUGACUGUAUCUGAUCAUCAGAAGUUGGAGAAUUAUGUCGUCUAUACUGUACAAACAAAGACAACACGCGGUGAUCCAUUUGACAGGAUGUACUACACAGUCAGAAGACGAUACAAAGACUUCUUAUGGUUGAGAGAAAAACUCGAGGAAGCUUUUCCAGCACACCUUCUACCGCCAAUGCCUGAGAAACUGUCUAUGCAACGCUGGACUCACUUCACACCAUCGUUCAUGAUCGCAAGACAAAACGGGCUCAACAAAUUUCUACAACGCAUUGCCAGUCAUCCAGUCAUCUCAUUCAACGAGAUCUUCUACCAGUUCCUCACAACACCAGACCAUGAAUUGCCUGAUCUUGGCAUGGACACAGCGGGAUUGUUUAGUCGUAUGAAUACCUCACUUCGUACGUCUCUAUCGGCGAUGAUGUUGAGAAACCCAUCCGCAGAGUUUGCCAACACGAGUGACUACGUUGACAAGCUAAGACAACAGCUUGAAGAAGUGAGAAAGGUUGAGCAAACUAUAGCUGAUGAAAAUGCAGAAAUGUUGUCUGCAAUGAAACUUCUUUCAAUGGCACUGCAAGAUUGGCUAAAGGUAGACAACGACGUAUCGGACACUCUGACAGCAGUCACUCAUUGCUUAGACAAGCAGAUCCAGGCACUCGAAGGCUCAUUGGCUGGCAUUGACCCUACAGUCUUACAACCAUUGAAGGAGUACUAUCUCUACACGGACUCCGUCAAGCAAGUGCUGAAGAGACGUGAUGCUGUUCAGAUGGACUACGAGAUGUUCGUUGAUGAUCUUCGGAAGAAGGAGGAAGAAUUAGAUGCUGCAAGAACUACCGGUCAACAGGAUAAAAUUACGGCUUUGGAAACACGUGUUCGUGAUUUGUCACAACAAGUCGACCGGAAGAGUGAUCUAGUGGACAUCGCAAAUGCCGAUCUAAAAGCAGAGUUUGAUCGUUGGCAUAGCUACAAACGUAUGGACAUGAAAGAAAUCUUUACAGAGAUUGCAGACAGACAAAUCAGCUAUCACCAACAGUGCCGAGAUGCGUUCAGGGAGACAAUUGAGAAACUGGAGAGAGGAAGAGGUGAAGAAACGUGAUUAAUUUGUGUUGUUGUGUUUGCCUAGUUUGUUUGUAGAAUGGCAUUUGUUAUUAUUACUACACAUGUAUUUUGUGUAUGGUGUGUAUUUCUGUGAUUUAAUGACAGCAACAUGAUUGACACCGAUGAUGAGUUGG